AGGCCGCGGCCCGCGGGCGCGCGCGCGCUGGUGCGCGCUUGCGCGCCCGCGUCGGCUUGCAGGCCUCGGGCUGGGCCCGCGAGGGGGCCUCGCACCCCGGGCCGCGGUGGGAAGGGGCUCCGCGCGGCGGCUAGCGCUUGUGCCGAAGAAUGGCGGACAAUCGCCGCUCCAUUACCAUGAGCCCGAGCCCCGAGCCGCCGAGUCCCCGGGCCAAGCAGGUCAUGCAGCAGAUCAAGACGAUCGCUUCCGAGGCCGCCGACUACAGGGACGUGGGCUCCAGGCUCACGGAGAUCUCGCGCGCCUUCGGGGAGGAGCUCAGGUUGCUGCGCGCCGAUCACGACGCUCUGAGGGCGGAUGUGGCUGCCAUGCGCGCGAGCCUGGAGAUCGCAGGCUUGCUGCCCAGCAGGGACGUGGAGAGCAACGCACAGGGCAGCUGCGGUGAGGGCGUGAAGGCAAAGGCCUCGGCGCCGAGUUCCCCGUGCAGCUCCCCCGCCAGGAGCGGCCGGCGCACGAGAAUCGCGCAGGCGGACUGCACGCCAGACGUGCGGCGAAGCACCAGCGUCCACGAGCCGCGAAAGCCUGCGCCGCUGGGCCACUCGGUGUCCUUCCCGGUCUUCCCGCAGCUGUCGGCACGCGGCCCCCGAUCCGCGCGCGGCCCCACCACCGAGGGCGCCGCGCCGCAGCUGCGCACCGCCGAGCGCGCGCGGGGGCGGGCCGGCGUGCACACCAUCGGCGCAGAGGCCGAGCCCGCUGCCUGCGCCCGGGCGACCAGCCCGCGGGAGGCGGG